UGGCUUUUUGUAAAACGAAAGUACAAUUUCAUUCGGACCCCUCUGACUUUAUUCAAAAUGUCAACCAAAAGCCAUGUGGGAGAAAUUUUUAUGCCAGGAGAUGUUGUUGACAAUUUGAAAGUGUCAGAGAAAACAUCAAAAGCAGUACUUGGUCCAGGAUUAAGACAGGAAGUAGAAACAAUAAUAGUUUCAAAACCUGGUAUUCUUAGACAUAAAGAACCAAAUAUAUAUUGGAUUGACAGCCAUCAAAAAAGGUAUGUGCCUGUCCGAGGUGAGUCAGUGAUUGGUAUUGUAACAAACAAAGGUGGUGAUGUGUUUCGUGUUGAUAUAGGGGGAAGUGAAAUGGGAUCCUUGUCGUAUCUAUCAUUUGAAGGGGCAACAAAAAGAAAUAGGCCAGAUGUUAAAGUUGGAGACAUUGUGUAUUGUAAGAUGCUAAUGGCAAUGAAAGAUAUGGAGCCCGAGUUGGUGUGUAUAGAUAGUACAGGUCGUAGUGCAGGGAUGGGAGUCAUUGGUCGUGAUGGAGGGUUCUUACACUGUUGCUCCCUUAAUCUCAUCAGAAAAAUUUUAUCAUCUGAUUGUCCCCUUUUGAAACUUCUUGGUAAGACCAUGCCUUUUGAGAUCACAGUUGGUAUGAAUGGAAGGAUCUGGGUACGAGCCCGAACAAGUACACAAACCAUAACUGUAAUCAAUGCAAUAUCUACAGCGGAAUACAUGGACAACACACAAAUUUCUGCAAUGUGCAAAAAACUUUCAGAAGCAUUUAUUGAGGUUGACUGAUGUUGAUUAAAAUGUGGAAAUUUUUUUGAAUUCUUAAGGAACUGUUUAAAGAUUUAGAAAAGUACCAGUUACUGAAGCAUUAUUCAUCAUAACAAAUGGUGCAUUAAGGAUGUAAAAUGAAGUUUUGAUGGAAAAUGAAUUUCUACAUGGUAAAAAUUUACUUGUUAUAUAGACAUCUCAAGUAACUCCUAGAUAUAAUUUAAACCUACAUCCAGUCUUCCAUCUUACAUGUGACAAACUCAAUUAUUCGAAAAUGGAAAAAGUAGUAUGCACAAAGAACUUUACUAUUUUCUUCUGUGUCAGGAAUGAAACUGAACAUCAUUUUGAAUUUCUGUUCAAAUGUAAGUGUGUAAAAGACAAACAUAUUACUGUAUAUUUUAAUUGCAAAAUAAAUUAGAUGAUGAUCUAUAA